UCUCUUUUCUUUCCUUUCUUUUUCUUCAUCCCGUUAACCUGGGUGCCUUUGGUCUAUAUGGAUUUUAAAUCAGCAGCCCGACAAGAAUACAAUGGUGGCAUCAUAUUUACCAGCUAUGUUAUUGCAGUCUUGGGUGCAAUGACCACUCUAGAGCUAUUGACAAAGAGAACACACAUAUCUGGAUUUUACAACUGGUUUCUUUUAUCGGCAGCAGCAGCAGCAAUGGGAGGAGUAGGUAUCUGGUGCAUGCAUUUUAUAGGAAAUAAUAGCUUGACUAUCACCCUUGCUAACGGAGAGGUGCGGGCACUAUAUUAUUCCCCAGGGUUUACUUUCCUCAGCUUAAUCGUUGCUAUCGUUACCAUGUUCCUGGCAUUUGCAUUCGUUGGCAUCACUGAAGAGGCUAAAGUAGUUAGAAUUGUUCCUAGUGGUGUUGUUGCUGGUCUUGGGAUUGUCUCCAUGCAUUACUUGGGCCAAGUGGCUGUUGAUUUUUUCAUAUUGAAAAACAAAACAACCUACGUUGUCUGUGCUGUUAUCAUAGCUGUCUGUGCCGUAACUGCAGCUCUUUUUAUAUUUUUCAAACUACGUGAACAAUGGGCAAAUCAAUGGUACAAGCGGUUGGGGUGCGCAAUGCUAAUGGGCCUGGCCGUUUGUGGCAUGCAUUACACAGCUAUGGUUGGAACUGAGUAUUACCCUGGCAGAGCAAGCGGUGAACCACCAUCAUCUGUACUAAAGACACCAGUAAUAAUUGGAGUCAUUACUGCUAUUGUUGUGUCUACAUGCGUUUUAUUUUUUGCUAUCGGCAUAAAACAUGAAUUCUUUAAUAUGUUAUUCUGCAAAGGAAGAAGAGAUCAGCAUAGAUGUAUCAUUCUGGAUGUUGUAUUUUUUGACACAAAUGGAAGGAUUUUGGUUAAUAUAGAUGGUCUAGUACCCAUGAAGGAAAUAUGGAGCGAGGAACAGGACAAUGAUGGUUUCAUUCGUGAUUUUACACCCAGUCAUCCUUUGUUUGCGGCGUUACUCAAGAUUACCAUAGGAUGGAUUAAACUAGAUGACGAUGCUAACGAUCCUGUUAUCUCUUACUCUCAACGAAAAAACUAUAGUGAAUUUGAAGCAAGAUUUUUAGACACUGCCAAUCAAUUAGUUGAAGACUUGCAUUUAUCUGAGUUAUCUGAUUUAGGCUAUUUAUUUGAUUCUGUUAUAAGGACAAACACCAUUGUAGAAAAACGCCAUGGACUACUUUCAAAGACAGCACUUGAAGGGAUUCAAAGGAAAGCACGUAGAGUCAGUCAGCCUGCAGCAUGGUUAUUAAGUAAAAAACCAUCUGGAGAUUUAGAGUCAGCCAUGGAUGAACCAACACAGCCAGAUCAAACACGUUCAAAGAGCGCAUCAAGUCAAGACGCAUCAGCGAUCUGUAUAUUCAAUACUGAUAAUGAUAGCAAGACAAAUAUAGAGCUCUCUUCCCGCGACUUUAAUGAUGAAGACAAGCACAUUUUUCUUGUGAGAAAAAUAGAAUGCCCUAAAGCUUUAAAUUCCCUUCUGGCCUCUGGAUACAGAUUUGCUGAACCUGUAUUCAUUGCAAAAAUCAUGGGUGAUAAGCUUCGAAUACCUUCAGAUUACGUUCUAUGCUACUUUCAAGAUAUGCUUCAGAUGACAGAUUUAGCUUCGACCAUGUAUAAGUCUAUUAGCUUAUCACAAUCACAACCAAGCAUAGAUAAGCCAUCUGUAAAAGUUGGUCUUUUUGUCAUUCUAGAAGAAGAAACGGAAAAGAACGUGCAACGUCAUAUUAUAGUCGAUAAAAAGAAAAGAUUUGCGUUUCCAAAUAUACAGCUACCAAUAGAAAAGUUAACAGAGGAACAAGAGAAUAUUAUUAUGAGCAUGCAGGGGCAGACCUUGUCCGUUGUGGCUUCUUUAGCCAGCAAUAUGGCACAUAAAGACACAACCAUGGGCAUGAAAUCAACCAGUGAAACAACAACAAAAACACAGUUCAUCAACUCAUUUGUGAAGGCUUGUAAAGAAUUGCUCGCACUGUCAAGCUAUGGAAAGUUCCUUGCCAUGUCUUCAGCACUAUAUCCAAACAUUUUAGAUAUUCCAGCAUUUGUCUUGUCUUCGUCCCCUUGCCAGUUGAUCUUAUUUACAGCAGUUGUAAAGGGUUCAAGCAUUGGAUUUGCAAUUAAUCAAACCCUAACAGAACCAAUCAAGUGUAUCCCAUUCAACAUAUACCAAUCUAUGGCAUGCUAUAUGACAAAUAUAGCAGCUGAAAGAUAUCGCUCAGAGCAGAGUGGACAAAUUCUGCAGCAACGCCGAAUUUACGAACAACCGUCAUCCUCAUCCAUACAACCACACAUGAAGCACAUAAAAAACAUUACUGGCUUGUCCGCAAAAUUGGACAACGCACCAGAUAAAGCCAAAGAGACUACUCCUCAGAUUAUGGCUUCGCUACCGCCCCCACCUAGAGUAAAGUAUAGCAAAAGUAGCGCAUCGGUCGACGUUAAUUAUAUGCUCAAGCAUCCACCCCCUUCAUCACCCAUACCACCCACUCCUAUAGAACUACAAGACAUCAUUACCAUUUUAUCUACUAAGCAACGAUUUGCAUGGCUACAUGAUCUCUACAAAGAACUCUUAAAAGGAGGUCUGUAGUCGUUAAUUAAUUUAUAUCAAAUUCACCGUGUAUUAUAUACAUAAAACAUGAGCUUAAAAUAUCAUCUGUAUCUGCACAACUACGUGUUUAUUUAAAGGUUUUUACACUUUUGUUCAGAAUAUAUUCACACACUAAUGUAAAUAUAUAAAUAAGAAGCGUUAAC